AUGGGGAACGCAUACAUGUAUCAUUUAUUGGAACAUCACUGUGGGGAAAUUCUUCAUUUGAUUAAGUCAUGUGACCUAUAACGUCAAAAGGAUUGACCAAUCGGGUCAAUAAAAUUUACCAUGGGAUGUGUAGUAAAGUAGGGCGAUCUAGUCAAUGAAACUUUCAUUCCCUGUUAUGCCCACUAGUCACGUGACUUUUAACGUCAAAAUGAUUGGCUUAUAGAGUGAAUGAAAUUUACUAUGGAAUGUGUAGUAAAAAUAAAGCGAUCUAUAGACGAUCACCUUUCUGUUUUUAAAGAAUUGGUAGUAGGAUAAAGAGUUACAACUCUUACCGAAAAUAUAAAUUAUUUUAUAGAGACAACUGAAAGAACUAAACAAAUAGAGACGACGACCACCACUCCAGUAACCACACGGCCUGAAAAACACGGUAAGAAAUUUUAAUAAAGAAGGUCAAUCGUGUUAUAAAAAAAAAAAGGUUUACUAGAAAAAAAGUAAUAAUUACCAUAAUGACUUUAUAUACCGAAUUAAAUGGGGAACGUAUACAUGUAUCAUUUAUUGGAACAUCACUGUGGGAAAUUCUUCAUUUGAUUAAAUCACGUGACUUAUAACGUUAAAAUGAUUGGCCAAUCGAGUCAAUAGAAUUUAGCAUGGGAUGUGUGAACUUUCAUUCACUGUAUUGGCCAUUAAGUCACGUGACUUAUAACGUCAAAAUGAUUGGUUUAUUGAGUCAAUAAAAUUUACUAUGGAAUGUGUAGUAAAAUAAAGCGAUCUAGUCGAUCAGCUUUCCGUUUUUAAAGAAUUGGUAGUAGGAUAAAGAGUUACAACUCUUACAGAAAAUAUAAAUUAUUUUAUAGAGACAACUGUAAGAACCAAACAAACAGAGACGACCACCACUCUUACAAGGACUACCCUGUCUAAAAAUCAUGGAACGACUAUAAAGGAUCUAAAAGAGAAGUUUCUGAAGGCAAUGAAUUCAGCGGAGGAAACUGAAUCUCUUACGGACAUGGCCUUAGGAUUUUUAAUGUGGGCGAUUAUGGCAUCGGUUGCCGCAUUCUUGGUAUUACUCAAGAAAUGGUUUCUCAAAAAAUGCUGCGGGGAAGAGCGAUCAACAAAUAACCAGCCAACACAGCAGCCCACUUUGAACCCGGCCUUCUCCCCAGGACAGCUGAGCGUGAUACCACUGAUGGUGAUGCACACAUCACCAUCUUCCACCAUCAGUGGUUCACCGUCUAGUACUAGUGUCGCCAUUACGCCAGAGAUUAACCGGGAGGAGGAGGAAGAGGAAGAGCCAGUAGGGCACAGAACCAGACUGUCCUGUGCCCGAAGACUAAACUGGUCUAAAACCAGUGUAGUUUUGUUUUAA